AUGGCCCAAAGCCAAAGAAGCUCCUGGCUUUGCCACAUGCUUUCUGAGGGUUUUCACAAAAUAACUUUUAUUUGUAUUGCAGUGUACUUUUCCUAGGAUCAAGAAGCUGAGUCAGAAGGAGUCUGCUCCAUGGCUUUUGUAUUUAUCCUACCCCUCCUCAUGUUUGUUUGUUUAAUUAGGGUGAAUUUUUUCCCGGAAAUAUUACAGGUUCUUAUGCAAAUAGGCUUCUUUCUCUCUGGCAACUCAAAGAGCUUUUCAGAUACAUCUUGAUGUAUCUGAAGUCAGUUUAAGUCAAUGGAACUGAAGUGGUCAACUUGGAACCCCUGCUCUAUGCUUAUCAAACUAGGGGUAUAUACCCAGUACAGUGACUCCGCAAGCAAGGAAGUGGGCAGUUCCUCCAAAAAUUGGAUGGAAAUUGAGAGGAAUCUGUCAGGACUCGGGGAGGUGUUGCUUGAACAGAAUCUGAAAAUUUUCUCUCACAGAUGAAGGGUUUAAAAUCCGAUUCAACUAUUCAUCACUGUUUGAUCUUGAAUUUCCUCACAAAUAAAACAGACUUACAUAACCUACUUGACCCAGUCCUAAAUGAUUACCCAAAUAGAGUCAUGCAGGUGAUUAUUAUGACUGUUGCGAUAAUUUCAUGCACAGCUGUUUUACUAGCAGGUAGCCUGUCCCUAGUUGUCACCUUCUCAAAUGCAAGCAAAUCGAAUGACAGAGGGUUGAGGAUUUUUUUUAAAGCACUAUUCUAGAUCCAUCAUUAGAACAAAGGAGAAUUGAGGGUCCGAGGACACUUGACAUCCUGCCACUGACUGAUGUUUAAGACUGUAAGAUACAUAAAGUGAUCCUGGGGGUCUUUGGCCCACUGUUUCUAUGUAAGCAAUGCCUCUACUUUGCAAGUAGCUGUACUAUCAACGUUGCCUUGACGUUGGAGAUAACAAAUUUCAUAGCAGUAUAUCAGGAAAAGAAGAUAGAGUGUUCAGGGGUAGUCUCUUAGCAACAAAGUGAAAGAAUGGGCCCCAGAACAGUAGCCUAGUGGCUAGAGUUCUUGCCUUGCAUGUGCUGGGAUCCAAUGUGAGUGCUGGUUACUACAUGCUCCACUCCCCUUCCGUUCCUUGUGCCAUCGUGGUCCCUUGCAGGCUGAACCAAUGGAUGGAAGAUUUCUCUCUGUGUUUCUCCUCUCUGGAAAUCUCACUUUCUAAUUAAAGAAAAAAAAAGAGUGAAAGAAUGGAGAAACCAAGAAAAUGUGGCAAGGAUAUUUCAGGGGGUUGCCAGAAAUGCUGAGGUGGAGGGCAGGGUAUAAUAAUAGAACCUUCUCUAGAAGUGCUUUCCUGCACCUUUGGAAUCUGUAGAACAAUCUGCUUAACAUCCUUUCAUAAAAGCAAGUUAUGGGGACAAAUAGAAUGGAAGCACAACAUCCCACUAGAAGACCAUAUCUUAUUCUGCAGACUUCCUUCACAGCAGUCCUUGGAAUUGGCCCAUGAGAUCAGAGAUGGUGUCCUGUGGAUCUAAACAACUCCAUGUAACAAUGAAACUUCGGUUUGGUCAUAGGCAAGAGUAAGAACCACAGACAUCAGAAAAAGGCAGCUUUUUGGACAAAAGGCCACACUUAUCAAACUUUGUUACCCGAAACAAAUUUCUGCUCCUAUUAGAUGGGUUAAUAUUUGAUCCAGUUGUGCCCAGGGAAAAGGUGAAUGACUCUCCUUUAAGGACAGUGCCCUUGGUUUGCUCAUCUCUGCCAUGAUUGGGACAUCCAUAGGCUGGCUCUCUCCACCCCUUCAAAUGAACACUAUAUAAGCAGAUCCAAGAUGGGCUUCUUGGUUCACACAACUAGACCCUCCAGGAGCAAACAGCUGGAUCCCCUCUCUGGUUGGAGGAAGCCUGCCAGAUUUUUGAGCCUCUGCUGGAAGAGAUGGUGACAGCCCUGGGUCCCCUGUUAUUGAUCUUCAUGCUGGGUCUGGGUGUGACCCCACCAACCCUGGCUCAGAACAAUCCCAGGUACCGACACUUCCUGAACCAGCACUAUGAUGGUAAUCCACGUGGCCAUAAUGACAGAUAUUGUGAAACCAUGAUGAGGAGACGACACCUGACCUCACCCUGCAAAGACAUCAACACGUUUGUUCAUGGCAACUCGGGAAGUAUCAAGGCCAUCUGUGAAGAUACGAAUGGAAGCCCUUAUGGAGAUAACUUAAGAAUAAGCACGUCCGCUUUCCAGAUCACCACUUGCAGGCAUAUAGGAGGGUCCCCCUUCCCUCCCUGCCGGUACCGAGCCACAAGUGGGUCCAGAAUCAUUGUUGUGGCCUGUGAAGAGGGCUUCCCUGUCCAUUUGGAUGAGUCUGUUUUUGUUAGUAACAACCACCCUCAAGCACUCUACUGAUCAGAGCUGAGUGCUCGCUCUUCCUUUGGUUUUUCGCUGCACAUGCCAGUUUCCAUUGAGUGUCUGCUGCCAGCAGUGGCAGCAACAAUCAUUGCCUCGAACCCAAAAAAUGAGAUACUUGCAGUUUUACUUUUCUGUUUUACCACAUAUGCUUAAUAAAUGAAAACAUCUCUGAA